UUGGGAGCCAAUGGAAAAUGAGUUUAUCAAUGUGUAACAACAGGAGAGGUAGGGCCUGGUGAAUUGUGGACACUGUGAACUCACAAUGUGACUCAGAGCCACCAGGAACACAGACCUAAUAAUUUGUUUACUAUGCUUACAAGAGCAAGACAAACGACUUUCUGAGGAUUUAUUUUGGUUCGAAGGAGGUCCCCUCUGACUCUUUAGGAUCUCUAACCAUGGCUAAUUACGAGCCUCAGGCCCCAGCCGCUGUCUCCUCCUCUAAGAUGGAACAGGUGCAGGGUCAGGUGAACGAGGUCAAAGUUAUCCUGAAAGACAACAUCGACAAAGUGUUGGAGAGGGGGGACAGAUUAGACGACUUGAUGGAUAAAACCGAGGACCUGCAAGCAACUGCGGACACUUUUCAGAGGACGUCCACUCGCGUCGCCAGAAAGUACUGGUGGAAAAACAUAAAGAUGAUGAUUAUAAUCGGAGUGAUCGUGCUAAUCAUUUUAAUCCUCAUCAUUCUCUUUGCCACCAAAACCAUAUAGCAGUAGCUUCUUUUGAUUUUUUUCAAAGAAACUAAUUCACCAAAGGCUUAAUUAGUUAAAGCAUAGUUCUGAAAGAACAUCAAGACUCAUCACACCAAUAACGAAGAUAUUUGUACAACUUGUGAUGGACAAGUAUUUGAAACUGUAAGGACUGUGAUCUUUUUUUAAUGUAAGCAUAUCAAAGAUGAAAGGUUGAACUGCUGUCUGACCUCAGAGCUAUGUAUAAAAGUGGGCAUUACUGUACUCCAUGAACUAACUUCACACUCCAAUACUCGAUCUUUGGUGCAACAUAGUGAUCCAAAAGGACACAACCCCAGAAUGUUGUAUUUAUUUUUUAUUAUUCCACGUGUUAUGUUUGUGUCCAUUCCACUGUAUAUAAGUAAACAAAUACUGCUUAAAUCUGUAACAAUGUAUAUAUUAUUAUAACUACAAUGAGGACUACGAUGGCAGGUAACUGAUUGAAUGUUUCCCAGCACAAAAAUCAAUAAUAUCCUAUUGGCUCAGCUUAUCCAGUACAUACUGCCAUUCAGAACUGGUUGAUGCAAAAAGUUGAUCACUUUAAAAGGAAAGUGGUGUCUUUCUUAGCAAUCCUGUUUUUUGCGUACCAAAACCCAGCAAAAAAGUCAAAUCUUUGACGAAUAGAAUAAAAUAAGGAUAGUGAUAAAAUUAUGUGAUUGGAGGACCACCUCUGAAUUAAAAACAAUGGACUGAAAA